AGAUGCAAAAAAAAAAAAAUCAUUUUGACCACUUUUAGGAGUAUUGUGGAAUAGGGUCGAUAUCAUGUAUUUUUAAAAGCGGCGGGUUUCCCGCCAUUUAAUUGUGACGUCACUCCGCAUGUUCUAUAUCACCCGUGCGCCGUGCGGUCAUGCAUUCGCGCUCAAUAUUGUUAUUUGUAGACUGUUGUUUUCAUGAUUCAUCAACAUCUCCGACUUUGAAUGUGCUUUAAUUUAAACACUUUAUUUUUUAACAAUUUAAUUUUUGUCAUUUGAUAUUUAUUUUAAUAAUUUUACACAAUGGAAACAAACAAACUUAAAAAUAGCGUUUAUAAAUACUGCUUUGUUCCACUUUGUAAAAACACAAGUGUAAGUACACCAGAUAAAAUAUUCUUAAAUGUGCCCGAAUCCAAAAAAUUGAGAAGAAACUGGUUGAAAGCUGCAAGACGUGACAAGAAGGAUGUUUCUGAUAAAUCACACUUAUCUUGCUGUGAAGAUCAUUUUGAUAUUGAAAAUGAUCUUGAAAAUUAUGUUCAAUUUAAGUUAAUGGGACUAAAAAGACUUAUAUUGAAAAAAGAUGUCAUUCCACAUAAAUUUGAAUGUCAGUUGGAUCGAAAAAGAUCUUCUACUGUCUUAAAUCGUCCAUUAUUUUUAAAAAAGAAAAGAAAAUUAGAUGUGGAAAAUGCAGUUAAAGAAUAUAGUUUAAAUAAAAGUGGUAAUAUCUCUGAAGACAUCUGUAUUGAUGAUCAAAAUAAUACAAUUGAUUUAAAGCAAAAAGAAUGUAUGAUGGAUAUUGUAAAAACUAGUGAUGUUGGUGUACAAGUCAAUAUAAAUAAUUUAAGAAAAACAAGAUCCAAAAAAAUCCAAUGCAAAUUAUCAGAGAAUUCAACUAAAUUUAAAACAGUAGCUUGUUCACCUAUUAAAGUAAACUCUUUAGAAUCUUGUAAUACUAAAAAUUUAUAUGUAAAAGAAAACUAUUGUUUAAUCUCAGAAUCUAGUGAUAACAGUUCAGAAAUAUCAGAUACUUUAGCUCUUUCUAGUUCUAUUGAAAGUGAAAAUUCAUUUAACUUAGGUUUUGAAUAUGCUAAUGAACGAUUUAAAAAAAUGGCUUAUGAAGUAACUUUACAUAACAUUAGUAGUAAUCCAAAAGCAUAUAUAGGUCUUAAUAAAGAAUGGUAUAAAUGUAAUUUAAUUAAAUUAAUAAGUUCUCAUAUAGAAGUUGAAGAGAGAAAUAUAUUUAUAACUUUAAUGAAAAUAAAAUUGAACGAUUCAUUCAGAAGAUUAGGAGAUAUGUUUGGGAUAUCUGAAAGUUUAGUCUGCAGACUAUUUCAUAACACUUUACCUAGACUUUCUGUUUUUUUUAAGCAAUUUAUAUACUGGCCUAAAGAAAAAUUAAUAAAAGAACUUUUACCUAUUCCUUUUCGUUAUCGUUAUUCAUCUGUUCAAUCUAUUAUAGAUUGUUUAGAAAUAGAAGUACCAAAACCAUCAGAUCCUAUUAAACAAGCACUAACAUGGUCAGAUUAUAAAAAAUGUAACACAUUAAAAUAUCUUAUAUCUUCAACUCCAGAUGGAUUUAUUAAUUUUAUAUCGGAAGGUUUUAAUGGUAGAUGUACUGAUGUAUUGAUAGUAGAAAAAAGUAAUUUUUUAAAUCUUGUUCCUGAAAAUACAUCUGUAAUGGCAGACCGUGGGUUUAAAUGUAUUGAUGUGUUAUUAAAUAAAAUAAAUUGUAUUCUCAUAAGGCCCCCUAGUGUUUCACAAAAAUCGAAGUCAACAAAAGAUGAUGUUUUAGAAACUAAACGUAUUGCUAGCCUUCGUAUUCAUAUAGAACGUGUAAUAGGACGAUUAAGAGAAUUUGAAACGUUGAAACCCCAUGCACUUAUUAACUGCCAAUUAUUAUGUAAUACUGAUGAAAUUAUAACUAUUGCAUGUGGGUUAAUAAAUCUUCAACAACCAAUUAUAAAACAAUAG